AUGACGAAGCGCACAAAGAAGGUCGGCAUCACCGGAAAGUACGGUACCCGUUACGGUGCCUCGCUCCGUAAGCAGGUCAAGAAGAUGGAGAUCACACAACACGCCCGCUACGUCUGCCAAUUCUGCGGAAAGAACUCUGUCAAGCGUGAGGCCGUCGGUAUCUGGAACUGCAGGUCUUGCCGCAAGACCACCGCUGGAGGAGCCUACACCGUCUCUACUCCCGCUGCCGCCGCCACCAGGUCAACGAUCCGUCGUCUCCGAGAGAUUGCUGAGGUUUAA